AUGGCUCCACGGGACACCUUCUUCCGCUCGGCGGAUAUGAGCUUGACCCAGCUCUACAUUGCCAACGAGAUCGGAAGAGAAGUUGUCAGUGCUUUAGGUGAAGUUGGUCAGGUUCAGUUCCGAGAUCUCAACCCGGACACGAAUGCUUUCCAAAGGACCUUUACAAAGGAAAUCCGUCGCCUCGACAAUGUGGAAAGACAGCUCCGCUAUUUCCACCAGCAGAUGGAAAAGGCCGCAAUCCCCAUGAGAUCUUCCUCGGAGUUCUCCGAUACAUUGGCCGCCCCUUUAGCGUCAGAGAUCGAUGAGUUGGCUGAUCGCAGCGAGAGCCUUGAACAGCGGAUUAUCUCUCUGAACGAUAGCUAUGAGACUUUGAAGAAGCGCGAAGUCGAACUGAGCGAAUGGCGAUGGGUACUUAGAGAGGCCGGUGGCUUCUUCGAUCGGGCCCAUACACAAACAGAAGACAUUCGUCAGUCCUUCGACAACGAUGAAGCUCCCUUGCUCCGCGAUGUUGAGCACCACGCCCCUCGUCAAAAUGGAGACACCCAGGGUCAGCAGAGCUUCUCGGAAAUGAACAUUGGAUUCGUUGCUGGUGUUAUCCCCCGGGAUCGUAUUGGAGCCUUCGAGCGUAUCCUCUGGCGCACCCUGCGUGGAAACCUUUACAUGAACCAGUCUGAGAUACCGGAGCCCAUUAUCGACCCGAUGACCAACGAAGAAGUCCACAAGAAUGUUUUCGUCAUCUUCGCUCACGGAAAGAAUAUCCUUGCCAAGAUUCGAAAGAUCUCGGAGUCGCUCAACGCAUCCUUGUACGGUGUCGAUGAAAACAGUGAGCUGAGAAGAGACCAGAUUCACGAAGUGAACACCCGUCUCGGCGAUGUUGGCAAUGUGCUCCGUAACACCAAGAACACCCUUGAUGCGGAACUUUCACAAAUUGCUCGCUCGCUCGCCGCGUGGAUGAUCAUUGUCAAGAAGGAGAAGGCCGUUUACGAUACCUUGAACAAAUUUUCAUACGACCAAGCGCGGAAGACCCUAAUCGCCGAGGCGUGGUGUCCGACAAACUCUCUUGCUCUGAUCAAGUCAACCCUUCAGGAUGUGAACGACCGCGCGGGCCUCACUGUUCCUACAAUUGUCAACCAGAUCCGAACCAACAAGACCCCUCCCACUUUUGUGAGAACGAACAAGUUCACUGAAGGAUUCCAAACAAUUGUGAAUGCUUACGGUAUCCCUAAGUAUUCGGAAGUCAACCCUGGGCUGUACACGGUCGUCACUUUCCCCUUCUUGUUCGCAGUCAUGUUUGGUGAUUGCGGCCACGGUGCGCUGAUGACCAUGGCCGCUUCUGCUAUGAUCUUCUGGGAAAAGAAGCUGGCGCGGACUAAGCUGGAUGAACUGACAUACAUGGCAUUCUAUGGACGGUACAUCAUGUUGAUGAUGGGUCUCUUCUCGAUUUACACCGGUUUUAUUUACAACGAUAUUUUCUCCAAAUCUUUCACCAUCUUCCCUAGUCAGUGGCAAUGGCCCGACGACCUCAAGGCCGGCCAAAUGGUCGAGGCGACAUUGAAAGAAGGCUAUCGCUAUCCAAUUGGUCUGGACUGGAACUGGCACGAGGCGGACAAUUCUUUGCUCUUUUCGAACAGUAUGAAGAUGAAGAUGAGUGUACUUUUGGGAUGGUGCCACAUGACGUACGCCCUUUGCUUGCAGUACGUCAAUGGACGGCACUUCAAGUCUAAGGUUGAUAUUUGGGGGAAUUUUGUUCCUGGGUUGCUCUUCUUCCAGUCAAUUUUUGGUUACCUUGUCCUCACUAUACUCUACAAGUGGUCCGUCAACUGGCAGGAGAAGGGAGUGAAUCCUCCCGGUCUCCUCAACAUGCUCAUUUUCAUGUUCCUGAGCCCUGGUACGGUGGAAGAGCAGCUCUACCCUGGCCAGUCAACGGUCCAGAUUCUCCUGCUCCUCGUCGCUGUGGCCCAGGUACCUAUCAUGCUCUUCCUCAAGCCGUUCUGGCUCCGCUAUGAACACAACCGUGCUCGUGCCUUGGGUUACCGCGGUCUCGGCGAGAACUCCCGAGUGAGCGCACUUGACGCCGACGGUGAUAUGGACGGGCUCGGCCGUGACAGUACGGCUAGCGACGGAGAAGGCGUUGCCAUGCUUUCUCAGGACAUCGAUGAUGAAGAGCACGAGGAGUUCGACUUUGGCGACAUCAUGAUUCACCAAGUCAUCCACACCAUCGAAUUCUGCCUCAACUGUAUCUCCCACACUGCCUCUUACCUUCGUCUGUGGGCUCUGUCGCUUGCCCACCAGCAACUCUCGAUCGUUCUCUGGACUAUGACCAUUGGUAGUGCCUUUGACCAGGAGAGCCCCGUGACCCGUGUUAUCAUGAUUGUUGUCAGCUUCUACCUCUGGUUCGUACUGACUAUUUGCAUUCUCUGUGUGAUGGAAGGUACCAGUGCCAUGUUGCACUCGCUUCGUCUUCACUGGGUUGAGGCGAUGAGCAAGCACUUCGUUGGUGAGGGUAUCCCUUUCUUGCCUUUCAGCUUCAAGACCCUGUUGGAGGAGGACCCCGUGGACUAG